AUGUAUUCUACAUUAUUUCUUGCCAUCGUUUUUUGCUUAUUCUUUGCGACUAGUUUAUCAAUUCGAUGCUUUGAAAUAGUCGAUUCCAAAUGUUUAUUAAAACCUGAUGUUAAUGAUUGUGGUGACAAUGGUCCAUGUGUUUGUUUUGCAUAUAGUGCUAAAUGUGAAGAAGGUGAUUUAGAAUGCACAGAUGACGAUAUUGAAACAGGCAUUGUAAAAUGGCGAUAUGGAAUCAUUGGAAAAGACCUAUGCACACUGCUCAAAGAUCCAUAUUAUGAAGCUAUUGAUGCAGAAUGUUGUUCAACUGAUGGUUGUAAUCGACCAAGAAAUGCUGAAUGUGGAGCGACUCAAAUUCGUCGUCGUAUUCUACGAAAAUUUAAUGAUUUAUUUCAAUUUUAG